UUCGGGGACGCGGACCUCGCGAUCGUGAAGCAGAUCGCCGGCGACGACGACGUGCUGGGCCUGCUCGUGGGGUCGCUCGCGCCGGCCAUCUACGGCCACGAGCUCGUGAAGCUCGGCCUCUUACUGGGCCUCUUCGGCGGCACGAAGGACGACGACGACGACGACGACCGCGACGCCGCGCGCGCGGCCGCGGCGCGGCCCGGCGCGCGCGACGACGUCGCGCUCGACUUCGCGGACCCGGCGCUCGCGGGCAAGGCGCCGCGGCGGAGCGACCGCGUGAGCGUGCGCGCGAACUCGCACGUGCUCGUCGUGGGCGACCCGGGCCUCGGCAAGUCGCAGAUGCUCCGCGCCGCGGCCGUCGCCGCGCCGCGGUCCGUCUACGUCUGCGGCAACACGACGACGGCGACGGGGCUCACGGUGUCGCUGAACCGCGACGCCGACGGCGCGCCCGCGCUCGAGGCCGGCGCGCUCGUCCUCGCGGACCGCGGCGCGUGCUGCAUCGACGAGUUCGACAAGAUGGACGGCGGCCAGCACGCGGGCCUCCUCGAGGCCAUGGAGCAGCAGCAGAUCUCCAUCGCCAAGGCCGGCGUCGUCGCGUCGCUCUCCGCG